UUUCCAACAUCUUUUCUCAAAACUUAAUCAUGGCUUUCUCAUUCGCUUUCCACACGAGGAACUUGAUCAAUUUUUUAUCUAUCAUCAUCGUUUUCAGUUUGAUGACCAUGGAAUCAACUGUUACCCUAGCUGCAUCUUAUGGUUCAGUCGCUCACUUCCGUCCCACCACAUGGAAACAUGCACAUGUUACAUAUUACGGUGAUGGAACUGCAAGUGGAACAAUGGGUGGAGCUUGUGGGUUUGAGAACUUGUUUAACAGUGGAUAUGGGAGUAACACGGCAGCAUUGAGCCCCGUUUUGUUUAACAAUGGCUUUGCUUGUGGAACAUGUUAUCAGAUAAAGUGUAUUAAUUCCAAAUGGUGCUACAAAGAUACUCCAUAUAUAACUGUUACUGGCACAGAUCGUGGCCCUCCAAGCUGGGCAAGCGCAAGCGAUAAUGGUGCCCAUUUCGACUUGAACAAACCCGCUUUUAUGAAAUUCGCACAAUUGACAGGCGGCAUUCUCCCCGUUAUAUACCGCAGAGUGCCAUGUAUGAAACGUGGAGGAAUCCGAUUCAAGCUCCAAGGAAAUGGAUACUGGUUAUUAGUUUUCGUUAUGAACGUUGGUGGAGGAGGAGAUAUAUCAAAAAUGUGGGUGCGUAGAAGUAGAUCAGGCAGAUGGAUGAGUAUGACCCAUAACUGGGGUGUAUCACACCAAGCAUUUGCAGAAUUGGGAGGACAAUCUCUUUCGUUUAGGCUUCAAUCUUAUAGUACUAAAAAAAUCAUUACAGCUUCAUAUGUAACACCUUCUAACUGGAACACAGGAAUGACUUAUAAGUCUUCUAUAAAUUUUCGCUAGUGAAAAGAUGGUGCAUAUGGAAGGAAAAAAGGAAUCUCCCUUUAACCGGAGGAGUUAGUUUUUAAGAUUUUCAAGGUUUUUAAAUCACAGAAGAAU